AUGACAAAUCUAGAUCAACUUAAAACAUGUGUUGAAUGGUGCAAGGAUCAUGGUGCCAUUAUUGAUGACCGUCUGGAGUUUAAAGUUACUCAAGCUGCUGGUGUCACUGCAAUUGCCAAGUCAGUCAUUAAGACCACCGAGCCACUGAUCUCUGUCCCAGCGAACCUAUUGAUCACCAAGGAACUAGCUGAAAAAGAGUUUGGUAGCGCAAGUGGUGCGGUUUCCAGCGAGAACCCGAAUGCUUUGGUUCAAUUAUUCACUGCUAAGAUGAAAUUCGAUCCCAGUGCGAGGCCCUUCCACAAACCUUACUUCGAUAUACUGCCCACUAAAUUGGACCAACCAUAUUUUUGGAAGCUGCAAGAGGUUGAGCUUUUGAAAGGUACGGAUAUUUACUUACUAAUGAAGCAGAACUUACGGAAGAUUGUUAAGGAAUGGCACGUAUUACUCGACCAAUUGAAAUUGAAGCCGGAAGAUGGAGAGUUAUACGAACAGUCUGAAGCACAGGACUUUGAUAUUUUGAAGUACAUCUGUGAAUACCGUGAGCAACACAAGUCGAUUUCAUGGAAAAGCUUCGUGGGGUAUUUAUGGGCCACAGGUAUAUUUACUUCAAGAGCAUUCCCAAAGCUAAUUCUUGAGGAAAAAUGCUCUAGCAUAAAUGAGGCGUUCUUAUACCCAUUAGUGGAUCUUCUGAACCAUAAGAACGAUACAAAGGUCAAGUGGACGUUUACCAAUGAUAACGUCUGCUUCGUAAGCCAAGAAAUCAUGAAAGAAGGUGAAGAAGUGUUCAAUAAUUAUGGAGAAAAAUCAAACGAGGAUUUACUGCUGAGCUAUGGCUUUGUCCAAGAUCAAAACCCCUACGAUCUUACUAGACUCACCUUAAGAUUGACAAAAGAGAUGAUAGAUGAAGCACUGAAUGCCGAAUUAGGGUUCUCCGAGAAGAACAAAGUCGCAGAUGAUUGUGUCCAGUUCCAAAUCACUGCCGUGGAGCCGCUACCCAGUAGUAUGGUCAAUUUUUUCGGAUACUUAUGCAAGUUAGGAUCUGAAGCAGAUGUGACAUUGAGAAGCUUUCUAGAAGGCCAGGAUCAGUUGCACUCCAUAUUGAUGCAGAAACUGGAUUUCUUCCGUACACAUUCAAAGAUUGAUUCCGCAAAAUACAAGACAUGUAACUCCAAAGUUCUUCAAGUGAUUAGAAAAUAUUUCAAUUCCGAAAAGACGUUGUUCAACACUAGUCUUGAAGCUUUGCAAAAGACCCAGAAGGAAGUCCUCACGAAGAACUCUUCGAUGAUAACUAGUUUCAAGACAAUUUUCAAAAGAGAUAAACAAUUUGCCAAUAGUUUACUCUUGACCUUCGGAGUCACAAAAUAUGAUGACCUUCUAACGAAAAACUGCAUGAAAGAAGCACUGUUUCUAUGGAUUGUUCGAGUUGCAAACAUGGAUUCAUACCCUCAAAAAUUCGACUUCUCAGUCCCACAAUUUAUCUACGAUUCGUUCCAAGAAGUAAGCGGAUCAAUUGUUAUCGAGAGAAAUAACGUAUCAGAUUUCAUGGAUUUCUACAAAAAACUCUUCCCAGGACUCAGUAAUAAGAUUCCUGAAGUCUUUAGCCCCGGCAAUUGGGGCAUCAGGCAGUUUAUCGUUGCAGAUACCGUGAUGGACCGCUUAGUAUGGACCAGGAAACUGACCCAGGAACCCUUCUUCAUCGUCAGGGUGCCCUUCAAAUUAUAG